CCGGAGCGACGGCAGUCGGUACGCGGACACUAGACACGUUGCGCGCUCGAUCCACCACCGGCCACCACCCCGGCGUCGCGCCAGACAUCGUGUCACAGGGUCGAAACGAUAAAUUAACGUCGCGUUGACAAUAUAUACAUUCGUUGUCGCGUCUGCAAUGCUGCAGAACAACAGCCAUCCGUAUUGUCACCGAACGUCAUGUCGCGGUCAGCGGGUUGCGCGUAUACGAUUUUAAAAUCGAAUAACUUACUGUCGGAUCUAAAGAUGCGAUUCAUAUUGGAUACUACAAGAACGAACUAAGAAAGGAGGAUCGGUGGUGAUGAUUGGUGCGCCUAAUCUUCGAAAUCCUGGAUCUAACGGGACCUUAACCAAUGGCAGUAGAGCGUUUCAAUGCCACCCAGAAGGAGAAUCCGAGGCUACCAUAACACUCACACUUGUCGGCUUGGGCAUAGUUGCAAAUACGGUGCUUAUGGCUCUUAUAAUAUUCAACAAACAUUUGCGAAGGUGGUCGCAAGGAUUAUUAUUCCACCAGGCGAUGGUAGAUUGCGCGAGGGCGGCCAUAUUGAUACCGUUGGCGCACAGCCUCCUCUAUUGUGUGCCGGUGAAAAAAUGUAGCUUGGUGGAGACUGCGUUCCUGUUGCUGGUUACCGUAUCCACGAUAAACAUGCUGACCAUCGUCCUUAAUGAUUCACCAGUAUUCCCAGAGGACGACGAAGAAGACGGCUAUCAGGUGUCUUCGGUGCCGCUGUUGCUGGACUCGCCGCAGUGCGUCGUGUUCGGCACGUUCAUGAUAUGGUUCGCGGCCAUCACCAUCAACCUGGGCCCGACGUUCAUGAGCGGCGCACUGGCCGCCGGCGCCGAGGUGACCAGGGACAAGCCGGGCUGUCCGCUCGUGCACGGCCCGUUCCGGCACUACAUACUCAACGCCCUGUGGAUAAUCAUCAACCUGCUUUGCGUGCUGCUCACGCUGUUCCACUUGCGCAAGCUGCACAGGGACCUGACCAAGGCAAACGUGGAGGCCGUCAGGGUGGCCGGACUGGUCACCACGUUGGUAAACGUAACCGGCAACAACUACUCGGACCCGCGGCACGCCCCGAGGAGAAGUUUGGGUGCGGUAGAAGAGCAUCAGAGGAUGCGCAACUACUUGUUGCGCAUCGAGAGGGAAGGAGUCCAAAAGGUUAAAAUGUUCGUAGUCAUCACUGCGGCGUAUGUGAUCUUCUGGGGACCGCUAUUUUUCGUAACGUUGGUACAACAUCCGCUUUCCGGCAAUCGUUCCGACUACGAGGUGACGCUGCACGUGGCCAAUGGCCAUUCGUUCGUCAACGCCAUGCUGUUCCUGGUGCUGCACAGGGGACUCCGGCAGGCGGCCGCCGACGCUUGCUGCACCAGCAUGUCCAUGGUGGCCAGGUGGCUGACGGCCGGGUGGUCGCCGGAACCGUACACGCUGGACGCAUCGUUGCCGGGCAUGUCGCCUGAGCCCGUGUUGGCCGCUCCACCGCCACCGCCGCCCUCCAGUCUGCCGGCGUACACUAUUCGGCAUACUUCGAUGAGAACUCGGUCGAUGAACCGUUUCCCGGCGGCACAUCACCGAAGCCUGCACUACGACUACCAUUCAUCGCAUCCCAACCUGCACGAUAUGGCGGGCAUCAAUAUGGGCCGGUUGUACAACAGUCACGAGUACCUGCCGAACGAUUACCGCCGAUACAACCACUACUACCAUCACCGGGAAACGCCGCCGUGCUCGUCGCCCGAAUAAUUUUAUUUCGCGUCGUCAUCAUUGUCGUCGUCGUCUUUCCCGCGUGUUCGUCGUUCCUGUUUCGCGGCCUCCGAGCCGUCGUUACCCGAAUAAAUCGUAAAAAUAAAAUCCAUAAAAAAAAUCUUCCGAAAUCAUUCUUCCACGCGUGAGCGUCUAGGACUUAGGAGGCGGCUGUGGUAGCGGUGGCAGUUUCGGCGUGGGCGGGCAAGUGGGUCAGUCAUAUAGUGGGCCCGACUACGAUGCCCUCGCAUCCGACCGCCCACGGCUCGGUGGCGGAUAUCGAACAAAUAACCGACCGGCCGGUGGCGAACCGAAAAUCCGCUCGCAGAACGGCGUAGGCACACACUCGAUUUAUGUGCACACUAUCGUAAUUACUAUUAUAUCGUCUUUAUACGUCGUGCUGUUUCCGCGUAUUCAUAAUACCGACGAUGACCAAUUCAUUAGUAGGUACUUAUAUAUAAAUAUUCGCGUUUCGUUCCGUGCGUUGGUUUUUUUCGGAUUUAUCUCACACGACGCAUCGCCGCCCCGAACCUCCCACCACACCGCUACCCCCGCGUAUCACUCUCAACCACUUUGGCCUACUUUUCGACAACUGUCGCCGUCGUCCCCGAAAAUACCGCUCACCGGGCGUUCAGCCCGUUUUCGAAUAUAUACGUUUUUGUGCUAGCACGUUCUCAUCAUUAUUUUUUACUAUAUUAUAUAAAAAAAUACCAUUACCAUUAUUAUUAUUGUAUGUCUAUAUUGUAUCCAUGAUUUACGUUUUGUGAAACAUCAAAGUAAAACAUCUAUAUCUAUA